AUGUCGGCCUUCAGUCGCAACCUGUGCAGCACCGCCUCACGAAACCUCCGUCAGCGGUCUGGCGUCAUAAGCAGAGCUAUAAGGCCAAUUGCUCUCCGAACUGCUCCCUCGAACCCAAUCACUACCCGAACAGCAGCCGCAGCUUCGUUCUCCACCAUGUCAUCCCUCAAGAGCGCCGCACCGCCCGUCAAAGGCAAGCGCGAGUACGAUCCCGAGAUCAAGGACAUUGCAAGCUACAUCCACAACACAGCCAUCGAUUCAGAGCUCGCGUACGACACUGCUCGAUGGGUCUUCGUUGACACCCUUGGUUGCGGUCUCGAAGGCCUUCGCUUCGAACAAUGCAGGAACAUUCUCGGCCCCGUCGUAGAGGGCACCAUCGUCCCGAAUGGUACAAAGGUGCCUGGUACAAACUACCAGCUCGAUCCUGUGAACGGUGCCUUUAACAUUGGUGCUAUGAUCCGAUGGCUGGACUUCAACGACUGUUGGUUGGCUGCUGAGUGGGGUCACCCCUCAGACAACCUGGGUGCUAUUCUCGCGACCGCCGACUGGAUUACACGAACAAACAAAGCCGGGGGCAAUCUUGGCAAUGGCAAGAUCUUCAAGGUCAGAGAUGUCUUGGAGGCUAUGAUCAGGGCACACGAAAUCCAGGGCUGCAUGGCUCUGGAGAACUCGUUCAACAAGGUCGGCCUGGACCACGUUAUUCUGGUCAAGCUCGCCUCAACGGCAGUCGUGUCUAAGAUGAUGGGUCUCAACGAAUCUCAGACUCGUGAUGCCAUCUCACAAGCUUUCGUCGACGGCCAAUCAAUGAGGACCUACAGGCACACGCCCAACACCAUGUCGCGCAAGUCCUGGGCUGCUGGUGAUGCUUGCCAAACUGCUGUCAACCUCGUCUUGAAGGUGUUGAAGGGCGAGCAAGGCUUGCCCACUGUUCUCUCUGCCCCCACCUGGGGCUUUUACGACGUCAACUUUGGCGGCAAGCCCUUCCAGUUCCAGAGAGGAUAUGGCAGCUAUGUAAUGGAGAACGUUCUCUUCAAGGUCUCCUACCCUGCCGAGUUCCACUCGCAGACAGCUGUCGAAGCUGCCCAACGCAUAAACAAAAAGCUGAAGGCCCUGGGCAAGAGCGCCGAGGACAUCGAGGGUAUUGUUAACAGGACGCACGAGGCCUGCAUCCGAAUUAUCGAUAAGCAGUUCAAGCCUAUGGAGAACUUUGCUGAUCGCGAUCACUGUGUUCAGUACAUGGUCUCAACCAUGCUCGUGUUCAACCGCCUCGAGGCUACUGAUUAUCCCGAUGACAGCGAAGCUGCAAACUCGGCGCUCGUUGAGUCUCUCCGCCAACGCAUUAGCUGCGUUGAAGACCCACAAUUCACGAAGGACUACCAUGACCCAGAGAAGCGAACCAUCUCCAACGCGCUCACUGUCACGCUCAAGGACGGCACCGUCCUAGAAGAAGAGGUCGUUGAGGCUCCUCUGGGCCAUCGAUUGCGACGUGAAGAGGCGAAACCUGAGAUCCUCGCGAAGUACAAGAGGCAUCUCGGCCCCCAUUAUCCGGCAGAACACGUUGACAAGCUCGUCUCGCUGGCACAGGACGCAAAGACGCUCGACAACAUGGACAUCGACGAAUACGUCGACCUGUAUGUAAAGAACUAG